UUUUUCAACACUGUGCUGCGUUCUUUUCACUACGUCUGUACAAUGUAAAACAGCAAUUGCAUUUUUAUUGCAUUUAACGCGACGCAAACCAUUAUUAAUAACUAUUUCAAGUGCAAGCGGAUAGUAAAUCAACAUCUUUACCCAUGUUAACCGAAGCCCCAAUGGCCAGUGACAAAAUCAUGGACGAACUAGCAUCAUUGAUACGCACCGAAAUUCCCGAUGGCCGCCAAAGUCUGCGCGAUAGCUAUACGAACUUGGAGCGUGUCGCGGACUACUGCGAGGACACCUAUUAUCGGGCGGACAACAAGAAGGCGGCCCUCGAGGCGACCAAGAACUACACGACGCAAUCCUUGGCCAGCGUAGCGUAUCAGAUCAAUACUCUCGCCUAUAGCUACAUGCAGCUGUUGGAUUUGCAGGCGCAGCAGCUCAGCGAGAUGGAAUCCCAGAUGAACCACAUUGCGCAGACGGUGCACAUACACAAGGAGAAGGUGGCCAGGCGUGAGAUUGGCGUGCUAACUGCCAACAAGGUGAGCUCGCGUCAGUUCAAGAUUGUGGCGCCCAUCAAUCCCGAGAAGCCCAUCAAGUAUGUGCGCAAACCCAUCGACUAUUCCAUACUGGACGAGAUCGGACAUGGCAUCAACUCGGCUCAAUCCAAUCAACAUGUGCGUCAAAAGCAUCGUGGCUCGAGUCAUGGUUCAGUGCAAUCGCUGGUGCCGUCAUCGGUGGGUCCGCCUCCCACCACGAAGCCGCCAACGCCGCCGCAAAUGUCGCGUGCCGGCAACACGGGCACACUGGGCAAAUCGGUCAGCAAUACGGGCACACUGGGCAAGAGUUCGCGCGAGUAUCGCACGCCACCGGUGGUGAAUCCACCGCAAGUGCCUUCGCACUAUGCGCCCAACUAUCCCAUUGGGCAUCCCAAGCGCAUGUCGACGGCUUCAUCGACCACCACAACCACGACAACUGGUGGCGGAGCAGCGGGCAAUGAGCGUGCAGCCGGGUAUAGUGCAUUGCCAAUGCCACCGAGUCAGCAGAUUGCGACGCAUGUGAAUCUGCCGUCGGCUGGAAUGAUGCAAUCGCUGCCACCGCCGCCGCCCACAACUUACGACGACAGGAGCAGCAUGCCACCAGCGCCUCCCUCGCCGCUGACAGUGUCGCAGCACGAGAUGACGGAGCAGAGUCACAUUGGCAUGCACACGCUGGGACGUAACAUCAACAGGAAUCCCAAUAGAAAUCAUUUCAGCUUGAACUUUGCACGUCCUGGUUCGCAAUCUCCACCGCUGCCACCACCGCCGCCGCCAGAGGAUGAGCACCAGGACUUUGGACGUCCUCGAACCUCAACUGGACCGCAGCUGGCGCCCAUUGUGCCCGAGGAUCAGAACUUGCCUGGCUGGGUGCCCAAGAACUACAUCGAAAAGGUGGUGGCCAUUUAUGACUACUAUGCCGAUAAGGACGAUGAGCUGAGCUUCCAGGAGAGCUCGGUGCUCUAUGUGCUCAAGAAGAACGACGAUGGCUGGUGGGAGGGCGUCAUGGAUGGCGUCACUGGGCUUUUCCCCGGCAACUAUGUGGAGCCCUGCGUCUAAGCAAAUGGCAUAAAUAUUAAACAAUAAGACGACGACGAUGAAAAGCAAAAGCAAACAACGCAAUUUGAGCAUAUUGAUAAACUAAAAGCCACAGCCACGCUCGAGAAAGUAUUCCAUAUAUAAAAAAAAUAGCAUAUAUAUAGUUGAAUCAAAAAACAACAAAACACAUGGUCCUAAACACACACUCCAGCAAAUGAUUGACUGACUGAUCAAUCGAUGCAUUUAUAUUUGAGCACUUUGCGAUUUUCUACCUAUAUACAUCUAAACUAAAUAACUCGUAAACCUAAUAGCUGAAAUAGCCCAAAAAACAAAAGUAAAGAGAACCUAGAAUUAUGACCUACAUCGUAAGCUGACAUAGACGAAUUUGGUCCGCACUCUUUCCUCGCUCGCUCUCCCACGCUCCAAAGAAGACGUGUUUAAAUAUUUGCCAGUUUUGUUUAUACUGCGCUUGCCUCCCCCGCUACCAACCUUCAUUCUCUCUCGCCCCGCCCCGCUCCUCGCCAUGUCGUAGGUUAUACGAAUUUGAGUUAGCCUUAAGUAUUGGCCAGUUGGUAUUGUUUUUUUAUAAUGAAUAAUUACACUCUUAACAAUAUGCAUACUAAAUAUUUAGUUAAAAUGAAAUUACCACAAAAACAACAACAUAAAAAAGAGAAAAUCAAAUUUAUUAAAUAUAUAUAUUACAACAAUAACGUAUAUAC